AAAAGCAGCAUCUGGUAGCUUUUUCAGUUUCAGUUUCGCGACAGAAGCUCUCCUCCACUUUAGCUCCAGUCCUCGGUGCCAGCAGCAGUUUAUAUACAUUCUCCAUCAGUAUGGCCGAUCCCAACACAAAGCCCAAGUACACAAAACUCUUCAUCAACAAUGAGUUUGUGGAUGCCGUCUCUGGCAAAACCUUUGCCACAUCCAACCCAGCCACUGGCAAGGAAAUCGUCAAAGUGGCCGAAGGAGACAAAGCUGAUGUGGAUCUGGCAGUGAUUGCGGCCAAGAAGGCCUUCCAUCGCAACUCCGAUUGGCGCAAGUUGAGUCCCCUGCAGCGCACUAAUCUGAUUAACAAGCUCUGCGCACUGAUGGAGCGCGACAAGGAGUUUCUGGCCAGCCUGGAGACCCAGGACAAUGGCAAACCCUAUGCUGAGGCCCUCUUCGAUGUCACGUACUCGAUCCUGACGCUUCAGUACUAUGCCGGCUGGACCGACAAGUUCUUUGGCGACACCAUUCCCGCUGGAGGUUUCACCUCGAUGACCCGCAAGGAGCCCGUGGGCGUUGUGGGCCAGAUCAUUCCCUGGAACUACCCUCUGCUGAUGCUGGCCUGGAAGUGGGGUCCCGCCCUGGCCGUGGGCUGCACCAUCAUCAUGAAGCCGGCGGAGCAAACGCCCCUCACCGCCCUGCACAUGGCUGCCCUGACCAAGGAGGCGGGCUUCCCAGCGGGUGUCAUCAACAUCAUCAAUGGAUUCGGGCCCACAGCUGGAGCGGCCAUCAGUGAGCAUCCGGACAUCGCCAAGGUGGCAUUCACCGGCUCCGUGGACAUUGGUCGCAUCGUGAUGCAGGCAGCGGCCAAGUCCAACCUCAAGAGGGUGUCCCUGGAGCUGGGCGGCAAGAGUCCAGUCGUGGUAUUCGAUGAUGCGGACAUUGACUUCGCUGUGGAGACCACACAUGAGGCUCUGUUCUCCAAUCACGGCCAGAGCUGUUGCGCCGGCAGUCGCACUUAUGUGCACGAGAAGAUCUACGACAAGUUCGUGGAGAAGGCCGCUGCCAAGGCCAAGGCCCGCAAGGUGGGCAAUCCUUUCGAGGAGAACGUACAGCAGGGUCCCCAGAUCGAUCAGGAGAUGUUCACCAAAGUCCUGGGCUACAUUGAGAGCGGUCAGAAGGAGGGCGCCAAGCUCCAGGCUGGCGGCAAGCGGAUCGGCAAUGUUGGCUUCUUCAUCGAACCCACUGUCUUCUCCGAUGUGAAGGAUAACAUGAAGAUUGCCCAAGAGGAGAUCUUUGGACCCGUUCAGUCGAUCUUCAAGUUUAGCAGCCUCGACGAGAUCAUUGAUCGGGCCAAUAAUGUCCAGUACGGUCUGGCCGCCGGCAUCAUCACCAAUGACAUCAACAAGGCACUGAAGUUCGCCAACAAUGUGGACGCCGGCUCCGUCUGGAUCAACUGCUACGAUGCCGUGCUCCCACAGACGCCCUUCGGUGGCUACAAACACUCUGGCAUUGGUCGCGAACUGGGAAAGGAUGGCUUGGACAACUAUCUGGAGACCAAGACCAUCACCAUGAAGCUGCUCUAGAUCCUAGACAAACACAGCUUGAUCCUUCGUAUACAUAACAUUUGUAUUUUAUUUGCACAGUUUUUCGGUUGUCAGACGGUUAGAAUAUUAUUGCAUUUUCAAUAAAACAAAAAAACUCUA